GCUUCUGAGCCUGAAAGCAAUAGCAAGAUGCAGGCACUUGAACAAGAACAGGCUACGCUGAAACAACUAUACGAAGAAGCUGUGGCCCGCAUUGCUAAGCAGAAGCUAGAGGCCACUACGCAUGGCACAGCAGCAGCAGCAGAAGAAGAAGCCGAGAAGAAAAGAAAAGCAGCAGCAGCAGCACAGGAAGCCGAGGAGAAAAGACAAGCAGCAGCAGCAGCAGCAGCAGCAGAAGCCGAGAAGAAAAGACAAGAAGCAGCAGCAGCAGAAGCCGAGAAGAAAAGACAAGAAGCAACAGAAGCAGAAGCCGAGAGGAAAAGACAGGCAGCAGCAGACGAAGCCGAAAAGAAAAGGCAGGAAGCAGCAGCAGCAGAAGCCGAAAAGAAAAGACAGGAAGCAGCAGCAGCAGAAGCCGAGAGGAAAAGGCUCGAAGCAGCACUAGCCGCAGAGAUAGAAGCAGCUGAUGCCCAGAAGAAACGCCGAGAGGAAGCACUUGCAGCAGAAGCAGCUAAGAAAGCACAAGAGGCAGCAGCAGCAGAAGCAGCAGACACCGAAAAGAAACGGCAAGCAGCUGUUGAGGAUGAAAUCCGAAGAAUGAGGCAACGGAUCCAGGAGCUGACGGGGGAGACGCCACCGACAAUCGGCACGAGCAACUUCAAACGUGCACACAGCCCCACACGAGCAGCACCGAGCCGGAGCUUGGAUCUAUCGCCACUUUCGAAACAACUCAAACAGGAACACGAGGAGGAGGAAAGGCUCAAAAGGGAGGUUGCAAAUGCUACGAAGAAGGCGAAGUUGGAUGAAAUCCAAAGGAAGAAUGAGGCCAUGCGACAAAAGCUCUUGGCCUUGGGCAGCAGUGCUUCGACAAACUCCCCGCCCGCAGCAACUCCGAACCCCACUACUUCGCCGGCCCCGGCCGCAACAAAUGCGAACCCCGCUCCUUCGCCGACCCCGGCCGCAACAUCUGCUUCGCCGAUCCCACCCCCGCCUCAGGGCCCACCCCCACCUCAGGGCACUGCGACCCCUCCGACAACGAUCCCAGCAGCUGCUCCUCCCGAGACUUCGACGAGUGAACCGACUGCUGCUGAUGAAGCGAACACAGUGGCACGAAAAGAAGCGGCCGCAGCGAUCCAGACGGAUAUGAUCAAGGAGUACAUGGCGAGUGGACAGGACGUGAACAAGGUCACCGUGGGGAUCAUUUUGAAGGAUAUGAUGGUUGAGCAAGAAAAAAAGACAAAGCAGUCUUUGACGAGAGAACAGGUGUUCACGCACUACGCCCCCAACGAACAGAAAGCGAAGGAUGCCAUUGACUUUGCUGUCCAGCAAGGCUGCCGGGACGAUCCGAACUUCCCUGCUGGUUCGGGGAACCUGCUGUACAAUAUCUUCACAGAGUUUUCCGAGACUGAGCUCUUCGAAAAACGUCGCGAGAUCGAGGCAAGCAUCAAACCACUUGCCUCCGACAACAGACCGGAAGCCAACAAGCUGUUCUCAGAACUGCGACUUAGUGGCAAUUCGUUGGCUUCGCUUCGUUCUGGUUCUCUUUCUUCGAAAAACCCUUAA